AUGUACGCGCCUGUGGACUUGGAGGCGUCCAAGCUCCAGCAAGUGAAACCUUCCGCCUCCAAUUCGUAUCUCAUGCAACUUAAGCGCGCGUUGUUGGUGCUAGGCAUCGUGGCGCUUGGCCUGACCGUUGGUCUCCUGCUCUUUCGCUUCGUGCGUAGCGACGACUUCGACCUCGUGGUCCAGUGGCUGCAGACUCACGAGACGCUUGGCGCCGCGCUUUACGUAUGCAGUUUCACGUGCUUCGUGGUGUUGUGCUUCCCUUCUACAGCCUUUGAGCUGCUGGCUGGCUACAUUUUCGGCUUAUGGCUAGGCCUGCUGUUGGCUACAACAGGCAAACUCGUGGGUUCUGUGCUGUCCUACGUCAUUGGCCGCUAUCUGUGUCGCCGCCGCGUGCACGCUUACAUGGCACAGGGCCAUCCAGCACUGCAAGGCUUCCAGAGUCUGUUACGUAAGCGACAGAUCCUGGUCGUGUUCCUCACGCGCGUGGCGUUCUUCCCUAUUGCAGUCAAGAACUACGGCCUCAGCGUGCUAGACGUGCGAUUCCCAGUGUAUUUUGCAGCGGCGUUGCUUACUGGACUUCCAUUCUCGUUCAUCUGGGUCUAUUCGGGCCAUGCUGUGGAGAACUUUACAGCUUUGCUGGCCAGCCCCACGGCCGCCAGACACAGCACCGAAAUGAUCUUGCUGCUUGUUGGAGCAGGAAGCGCCUUGCUGUUGCUGUUCGUGGUAGGAUUCUACACCCGCAAAUACGUACUGGACUUGGCGGAGGAGGAAAAGGACGCUGGAACGACGGUCGCCGACACACCCAAGCACACGGUCGAAGGCACAGCUUUUGCCAAUGCGGUAUGA